AGAGGUCAGAUAAAGAAGCAAAGGCAUCCUUGCAAAGUGUCGGGUGAAUGGAGCUCACAGACAACAGUGGGCAAGAGCGGGCAAGCGAGCGCAGAAGUGCACUGAACAACUUUGCCAGGAAAUCUGAUUAAACUUCUGUUGUAAUGGAUGGAGAUACAGUCGACAAGGAGACGCCCGAGGUUUCAGAGGGGACAAGUCCGACUGACUCAAGUGACAACAAGCAGAAUGUUCCAGAGGCAAGGCCCCCUUCAGAAGAAGCGCUGACUGUCUUGAUGCAUACAGAUGAACCAGAGCCAAACAACGACCCAGGAGGCGGCUCUCCGGAGCGGGGCACGGUGGAAGGUCAAGGGUUAAUGGCAGCGGCGAGGGAGGAUUCCACACAAGUGGCUGAGGAGGCUGCGGACAAACACUCACUGCAGACAACUGCUUCAAAGUCGGUUGAAGGUGACGCUGACGACAUUGGACAAGAAGAUCAGAAAGACCCUGGAGAGAAAAAAAAGAGCAGAGAUAGGGAGGAGGAAAAAAAUAGAGAUACAGGGGAGGAGAAGGUCAAGAGCAAAGACAAAGUUAAAGAAAAUACAAGUAAAGACAAAAGCGUUGUUAAAAAGCCAGUAAAGGAUGAUGAGGCGAAAAAACAUGUCAAGGAAGAUCAAGCAAAAGCCAAAGAAGGGCUAAAAGAUUCAGAAAAACAAGCAAAGGCCAAAAGAAACCAAAAAGAAACACCUCAUGCUCUGUCCCGCCCGAGACCCACGGGUCGCUCUGGUCGAGCGUCCAAGAAGAAUGACAUCAUUGCUAAGUUCCAACAGGGCGCACCUGAGACGCCGAUACCACGCAAUUUCAAAAUUCAGAAGUCAUCCACAGCUUCGGCCACAGGGAGUUCCAUCAAACAGAGAAUGUUGCAGUGGUGCCGCAGCAAAACGCAACACUAUCAGGGUGUCAACAUAGAAAACUUCUCCUCAUCUUGGUGUGACGGGAUGGCUUUCUGUGCAUUGAUCCAUCGCUACUUUCCCGCCGCGUUCGACUACAAUGCCUUGAAACCCACUGAAAGAGAAAAGAAUUUCACACUGGCGUUCAAGACUGCAGAGUCACUGGCAGACUGCUGGCCACUGCUGGAAGUGCCUGAUAUGCUCAUGAUGGGCAACCACCCGGACCCCAUGUGUGUGUUCACUUAUGUCCAGGCCCUGUGCCAAAGCCUCUCCAAAAUUGAGAAAGAGAAGAAAGAGAAAGAGGAGAAAGAGAAAGAGAAAGAGAAAGAGGAGAAAGUCAAUGCAGAUGAAGGAAAGGACGAGAAGGGAGAGGAUGACGCUAAAAAGCAUGCUGAGAACGAGACAGUGAGUUGUGACAAGGAGACAAGUAGAAAUAGUUCCGAAACAACUGGAGAGGAAGAAGAGGCGCCAAAGAGCUGUGAGACAAAGGGAGAUGGAGCGGUGCUUUUGGAGGCAGAGUCCUAGAAAAGAAAUGACACCAAAAAUAUUUCUCUUCAAGGGAAUUGCCAGUCUUAGAUUGUUGUUGAUUUGACACUUAUACAAGCUAUCUUGUGUGUAUUUUUGUAUGAGCUGAUGUUUUAUUCCUGUGCACAUGAAGUAGCCGCCUUUAAAUUAUAAUCAUUGUGUAUUCUAAAAAAUAAAUCCAAAAAUCAA